GCGUCUCCUGGUUACAAGCCCUCACUGAACUCAACAACACAGACGCUCUAGCAAACAGAAGGGCGAUUUCAGCUGAGAAAUGUCAUGGACUGAGCUCAAGAGGAGCAGGGGAGGAAAGCUGUCCUCCGCUGAGGAGAAGCUGGAUGAAUAUUUAAUCAACCUGCAGCACAAAAACAGGGCGUUGAGAAGACUGCAGAGGAAGGACCCCCGGCAGACGGAGUUGGAGCUUUUAGAGCAGGGUUUCAAUCUGUACAUCAACGGCGCUCAUGUCAGCACCGCUAAUGCGCCUCACAACAGCCGAUCCAGCAGGAAAACUGCGCAGCCUCUAGCAGCGGCCCAUCCGCCGACCCAAAGAAACACACGCACUGCAGAUUCCUCCAGAGAGAGUGCAGAGAAGUGUUCAGUAGACCGACAGAAACCGAGGAGCCACACGGCACCUGAGAAAACACAGAGACGGCGAUGGGUGCAGGAAUCUGUGUACAUCUGCACUGAGAAAGGAAGUAAAGCGAAGAUUUCACCAGAGCACAGAUACUCCGAUGACUUUGAGCCGUACGAGAGCGUGGAAAUGGAGUCUGCUCAUGAAAGCAGUAAAGUGUCACAUUCACUCGGUCAGAGGUCACGCGGUGAGCCGGACAGAGUUCUUCUGAAUGCUGACCAGGUCAAGGCACUGCGGCGCAGCCUGGAGGUGAGCGUCCGUCGCAGCAGUCGAGACUCGGCCGGAGAGGAGUCGGAGGAGGAAUGGAUCGAGGAACAGAUCGAGAGAGAGGAGAGCAGCGACAGCCUCCCUGACCUCACACUUCCUGUCCAACCCACAAGCCAGCCAUUUAGCAAGCAGCUUGGGCAUGGUGACCUCAUCAUGCUGGAAUUUGGCCCCUCGUCACAAGGUGGACGAAAGAUCGAACACUCUCUCUCAGCUAAAAGAAAGGACAACAUGGAGUCGUUCAUCCCUACCAAACCAGUCACCGUGAGGAGACAGACCGAGAGAGCGUGUGAAAGCAGACAGGCGAUGUCACGGGCGUGCAGUCGUGUCGAGCGCCCCCUGUCUGCGGCUCGUAAGGUGCAGGAGGAGAGAGAUUCAGACGAGACGGCUGCCGGAGUGUUUCAGGCCCUGCAGAGAGAAAACACACCGCUGCAAACACACCGGCAGAAAGGACAGGAGAGGAGUACGGCCCACACGCCGGAGGAGGAGGAGGAAGAUGAUGAUGAUGAUGACGAUCAGUAUCGGGUUACCAGAGCUAUGCGGAGAAUCGCUCUCAUGGAACCCAGGCAGCAGAAGUGUUUGUUAAAGGCUCUCGAGAAGAUCGAUGCUGACGAUCAGUCUGAUCUCACUGACAGCAGCAGCUUCACUCUCCCUCAGAAGGACGUAUCUCUGCAGGUGACGCCCACUCUUUAUGUUACCAUGGAGAUCUUGUCCAACUGGGGUCACCCGGGUCAGGUCGGGCUCACAGAAGUUCAGUUCUUCUGCCCACAAAACCAAAAACUCUACGUGUCGCCGCAUGACCUGGACAUUCGAAACACGGACCAGCCUGGGAAUCUCGCCUCCCUUGUCAACGGGAAAACUAAAACCACAAAAGAGCGUCACAUGUGGACCUGUCCAUUCCACCCGCCGGUCCAGCUGUAUUUUAUCAUCAGGAAUGUGGAACGAUCUCCAGACUUCAACAUCUCUCGGAUCAAAAUUUGGAAUUAUAACCACAGCAUUAAUGAUCUGGACGUAGGCGCUCGGCAUGUUCGCUUGUAUGUGAACAGCACUCUGGUUUUCGAGGGUCAGUUGGAGAAGGGUUGUGGUAACCAGGUCUUUGACUACAGCACCUCCAUUGAACUCCAGGAACCACAUCUCCCAGAGUGCACCUCUCCAAGCCCUGUCUCCUCAGGACACAGUCUGCAAGACUGCAGCCCACAUGACCAUGAGCCUCAGGAGUCAAAUGCUGAUUUCCUAAUAGUAGAAUCAAGCCAGGACAAAUCAGACAGUGCCAAUAAGCUAGUUAACCCUGGCAGCUGUGUGACGGCAAUGCAAAGAGACUCUCUAGAAAGAGACUCGCCCCCUUUAGAUCUCUCUUUACCCUCUGACCGGAAGGCCGGGAUUCCACAUGUGGAGGCGAUGAAGACGGUGACCACGCAGCCAUCCUCCAGUCGGAUCCCACAUUGGCUCCAGCCUGCAAAUCGGAGCACAAUGGAUGAAGCCGAAGGGUCUCAGGAGCGAGAGCGACCUCCGUGGCUCCAACAGCAGAGUAUAUCCGAACACAAAUCCAAACACUCAGUGCUACCUGAAAUCUCGUGCAACCCUGUGCGUGCCUGCAAAGAGGCCUCGAGCCACAAGGGGACGCAGAGGACAGAGUCUGGUGAAUUCAGCUCUGAUUCGUUGGAUUUGGACCCCGAUUUGGGGCUGAAUUAUAGGUUAAUGGCCAAACAUGAGAGGGACCUGAGCAUGGAGACAGAACAAGAAUCACAUAUAGAGCAACACUUGAGUGAUCGGUUGGACCAGGAUUUGGAUCUGUGGGAUGAGCGGUUUGGGAGGGCGGAGCGACCCAUCAGUGGCAGGAGAGGUUCAGCACGAUCUAUAAACAAAACACAACCGGACCGCAGCAGUGACUUCACCGCAACAGAGGAAAGCAGCCCAGCAUCCGGCCGUAACAGAAGACUCAAACCUCAUUGGUGCGAACCGGAUGACCCGUUAAUGGAAUCCUGGGACUCAUUAACAAAGUUUAACCAGUGUCAGCGAGGGCGAAUCUCCAACAUGGGGUUGGAGGGCGAUAUUUUUGAUGAGUUUGUUCAGCGCCAGUCCCGCCCGACACCCGUCUCCACCCGACGCUCCUCUGCACCAGCACAGCCUGAUUUUGACGACCCUGAAGAUGACCCUCGUGACCCUGAUGAGGACUUUGAGAUCCCGGUUCUCCCGCAAGGUCGCCACCUCGUCGUUAACAUCCUAUCCACGUGGGGCGACCGUCACUACGUCGGCCUCAACGGUAUUGAGAUCUUUUCCUCCACCGGUGAGCCGCUUAAACCGGUCCACAUCACCGCUGACCCGCCUGAUAUCAACAUCCUGCCGGCCUACGGGAAAGACCCACGUGUCGUUACCAACCUGAUAGAUGGCGUACACCGGACACAGGACGACAUGCACCUCUGGCUGGCUCCGUUCACCCCGGGCCGCAGGCACAUUAUUGCAGUGGAUCUGGGAGUGAAAUGUUGCCUGGCAAUGAUCCGUGUUUGGAAUUACAACAAGUCCAGAAUACACUCGUUCAGAGGAGUAAGAGAAAUGGAAAUGUUUCUUGAUGGACGUUGCAUAUUCCGAGGGGAGAUCGCCAAAGCUUCUGGAACGCUCUCAGGAGCACUGGAUCAGUUCGGAGAUACUAUCCUGUUCACCACGGAUGAUGACAUCCUGGAGGCCAUGGCGCAGUUUGAUGACACAUUUGGGGGCGAGAUGGAGAUGGGCGGGCCGAGCGUCGAGGAAGAGGAGCUGCAGCGGCCACGAACGGCUGACGGUGAAGGAGAAGAGAGACCCUUCACACAGGCCGGGUUCAGGAUGGAGGAUACGCCGAUGGAUCUGGACCACAUCCCUGCAGCUGAAUCAUGUGCUGAUGCUGCAGAGCAGACAACUGGACUUCACACUGGCAGCAUUCUGCAGGUGAAUCUGAUGUCGUCGUGGGGUGACCCUCACUAUGUGGGAUUGACGGGGUUAGAGGUCGUUGGUAAGGGCGGUGAGAGUAUUGCUCUCGAUGUCUCUAUGGUAACAGCCUCACCCCGUGACCUCAAUGACCUCCCUGAGUACAGCAAUGACCUUCGAACUCUGGACAAGUUGUUUGAUGGGAUGAAUAUCACGACCGAUGAUAAACACAUGUGGCUGAUUCCCUUCACAUCCGGCUCUGAUCAUACGCUCACCGUGAGGUUCGAUCAGCCGCAGACGAUCGCCGGAUUCAGAAUAUGGAACUACAACAAAUCACCUGAAGACUCUUACAGAGGGGUGAAGGUUGUGCACGUGUUCCUGGACGGAGCGUGCAUCUCUCCUCUCGAGGGGUUUCUCAUUCGCAAGGGUCCGGGGAAUUGCCACUUCGACUUUGCACAGGAGGUUCUGUUCAUAGACUACCUGCAGUCCAACAUGAGCACUGCCGCCCUCACUGCCAGCAGCAAAAACACAGAUGACACGCACACUCACUGGGGUGGGACCCGGAGAGAUGAGUUGGCCAGUAUGGAUUAUGAGGCUCCAUUGAGGCCAUGUGGAUUUAUCUUCCAGUUGCAGUUGUUGACAACAUGGGGCGACCCGUACUACAUCGGCCUUAAUGGACUGGAGUUCUAUGACCAGAACAACCAGAAGAUACCGCUCAGUGACAACAACAUCGCUGCGUUCCCCGACAGUGUGAAUGUGUUAGAUAACGUGUGCGGUGAUGUCCGUACACCUGAUAAACUGAUAGAUGGGAUCAAUAACACACAUGAUGGGCGACACAUGUGGCUCGCUCCAGUGCUGCCUGGACUGGUGAACCGUGUCUAUGUCAUCUUUGACCAGCCAAUGACUGUUUCCAUGAUUAAAUUAUGGAACUAUUCCAAAACACCUCAACGAGGAGUCAAGGAAUUUGGGCUCCUAGUCGAUGACCUGUUAGUCUAUAAUGGGAUUUUAGAGUGUGUGAAAAGCAUUUCUCGGGGAAUUCUGCCAACCCUGGAUCCCGUCGUUCCUUACCACACCAUACUGUUCACAGACAACACGCGAAUCACACACCGAGAGAAGAGCACAAUUACCAGCAACCAUGUGGAGGACCAGGAUGUGAAACUGACCAAUGAGAAUCAGAUAAUUCACCAGCACAAGAAGAAACAGACAGCUGACCCAGCUCUGCGGCCCAAAACCUGCAUGACGGACGUACGGAAACACGGAAAGCAGCGAUACUGAGAGCAAGACGGCAGGGGUUAUGAAAGCAGGUUUCUUUUUCUUUUUCCCCUCUGGGAAUAUUUGGAAAACUCAGUGACCUCAACAUAGAAACACACACUCCAAACUGUACGAUAAAGCUCUAGAUUUGUUUUUGCUAUGAUGUUGUUGUAUUAUACUUUAAGUGUUUUUAAAGUAAGUGUCCUUUCAACCAUGUCUUGUGAUUUUGGAUUGAAGUUAAUGCACAAUGUACACCAGAACAUUUCAUGUCAGUUACACUUGAGAUUAUAUGAAUUUAUAGCUUGUAUGUCCUACAGCCAUAUUUGAAAUAUUUAAACAGACUAAUUGUGUAGAAAUUUCAUAAUAUAUCAGCAACAUGAAUUCAGAUUUACACAAUUUCUAAGUCUUUCACAGUUCAUUCAAAACACUUUUAGAAAUAUUAUGCAAAUGCUGCCAGUUUACCUCAUAUUAAAGCCACUGUAAAUAUUAUUAAAUAUCACAUAUCCCUUUAUUGUUUGUCCUAUUUUUGUUUUUGCUAUGCAAAAGUAAAUCAAGACUUGCAAUUGAGAGAAAACAUAUAAUUUUAUCAUUUACAGCAGUAUAAACUGAGAUUGAGGGCUGUAAUACUUUCAUAGCUACAGAUUGUAAUGCUGAUUAAUCCUAAUCCUUGAGCAAACUGGACCUUCAAUGGUGAUUUUUCCAUUAGAAACACAGUUUUCAACCUAAUCUAAGUCUAGAGUGUUCUAGCAGUUGUUGUGUGGUUUGUUGAUUAGAAUAGGUGUGACAUUGUUUUGUCACUCAAAAACUUGAGUUUAGACAAAAAUGAAUGGUUUAUUAAAUGUUACCUACAUGCUUCUGACUUGCAGGAUAAUCCUGA